CAUGUGACUGCCCAUGAGGCGCACCCAGGCCUACGACAGACACAGACAUACACGUUGAUGCAGGCACCCACACCACACACGUCGUUUCUGCCUGCGUUCCUUCGCCGGAGGCAUCAUUCCGUUCUUGCAUGGGCAGUGACGCGUGGGAACGAGUCUUGAGAUAUAAAAUGUAGGCGGCGAUCUACACACAUACAGCGACGGAGACUAUAUUGUGUCUCCGUAUCUGUGAAGCGUGUCUCUUUCAAUCAACUCACCACUGUUGAGAUCCCAUUUUCCGCCGGUGAGAGUGCGGAUCAGCCGGAUGGCGGCCCACGGGUCGACGGACGGCUCGCUGGUCGCCCUGUGCACCGUCAUCAGCUCGUCGGGGCGCAGAAACACAUGGCACUUUCCUUCGGCUACAAGAGGCACCACAGCAUACCACACCCAUAUGUAUCAGCACACUCAUACACACACGUGUGGCUGUGUCGUCCCCUCACAGCCAUAUGGGCUCUCUGUGCGUGUCUGUGAGAGGACGUACCAUCCUGGCAGGCUGACCCCCAGGCCGUCAGGUCAGCCCUCAGUGCCUCGAAGGACUGCGGCGUGCUGUAGUAGAUCAGGCCAUUCAGCACUCCCGUGUUGAUCAGAUUCACACAGAACGCACUCGUCGCCACGACAAUACGCAGAGCGCCUGCACACACACACACGCACACGCACACAGAGGUGUGUGUACUUGGCUGCUGUGCAUAUGUGUUAAGAAUUGCAGCGUCUCUCUCUCUCUCUCUCGCUCUCUCACCGCUUGCGAACUUGCUCUCGACGUUGGCAAGGUGAUUCUUGCCGCGGCCGCCAUGGUAGGCCUCCACGGCACCGAACGGACCUACACACGCGUAGACAGAGAUGCACACCAAUCACACACAUGAGCGAUUCAUUGUCUUAUGUGAGCCCCCCCCCCUCUCCCCUCCCCACCUCCCACCUACCGGCCUUUGUGAGUGCUUCCGUGAGUAUGUCGGCAUCCUGGCGGCGCCACGUAGAGAUGAGAAUGGAUUUCUUGUCCACCCACCGCUCCGACUUGAGGAGCUGCUUGAGCUCUCGGACGCGGUGUGCGUCCCGGCGGGCCUCACUGUAGGUGAAGUCGAAAAACCGUCGAUCGCCACCCUCACCCUCAGCGGCAGCAGGCCGCACGCCGUCGGCCUGCUGAGGAGCAGUUUGUCGAUCGAAUUCGUUUGUCAU